AUUUGCGAGUCGUUGACUGUUAUUGUUAUGACUUACGACCUCGUUGUUUCGUUGCUAUGGCAACGCCUCGUAAAUAUGACCAAUACAACAAAGAUGACACCGAUAUAAUCAAAUAAGUUUUAGGUAGCUUCAAAUAAGCUUGAUGAUACUGCCAUGACUGGAAUUCGGGAUUUCUUUUUUGCGACAACAGAAAGUUUUUACAAAUCUACCCUCACAUUAGAUGAAACAUGUGAGGAGAUCUUGAUGGAGUUUAUUCAUAAUUCCCAGAUUCUACUUAUUCAGACUAGUGUAAAAGAUACUUCAUUAGUGCUUUAUACAAAGAUACAACCAGGUGUGAAAAAAUCCAUAAUAUUCUAUAAAACAGUAGCUCAAAAUUUGACUGAGGAAAAUGCACUAAAUAACAUAAAUAUCAUUACAUUGACAACUAGUGCUGUGGAGUCCUUGUACCAAAUUUUAAGACAAAUCUAUUGCCCUCUCCUUGCAACAGAAGAUGAUCUUUACUCCAACAAGCUGCAAAAUAAUUUAUUUGAACUGGAAUCAAAUCUCAGAAUACUUACACAUGGGAAAGGAGAUUCUAAUAUAAAUGUUAUUUUAUCUGUAAGUGAUGAAGUAGAAUAUUGGAAGACAAUAAGUGAAUUACGUGACACGAGCAAGAAAGAACGAGAAGCGGCUACUUCUUUUUGUGUUCUCUUUGAAGACAUCUCUGAGGAGAUUAGAACACUCCAUUCAGGGAAUAUGCAGGAAAUUCGAGAUUGUGCUGAGAAUAUAGCUGGGAUUUUGGAUGACGUUUGGAGGUACACUCCUGUUGUGUACACCCAAGAGAGGAUGAUUCAUAUUUUUGAUAUUAUUGGCCACGCACUAUGUACAGUGAUACAAAACUCCGUAACCAAGCUAGAUAUAUGGAAAGCAUAUGAUGGACUACUAGAUAACCAUAUAUUGGUCUUAUUAUCUGAAAGCUUGAAUGCUGUGCAAAUGUGGGUUAGUGCUUGCCAAUCUCUAACUGGUACAUAUUGGCCGAACUAUGCGCUGCACACAUGGAAAGGAAAAACUUAUGUACCAAUAUUCUGUGUUAACUUUCAAAAUAGGCUUCGAGAGGUCCAUAGCAUUAGAUCAACUUAUAAUCAACUCAGUAAAUUACUGAAUAAAGCUGAGAAGAGUGAAUUAAAUACAGACCAAUUGUUUGAACCUUUUAAAAACAUAAAUAUAUGGAUAUGCAAUGGACCAAUACAAUCGUGGGAUGCUGCUGUAGCCAAAUUUUCGGCAAACCUAAGACCUGCGGAGACGAAAAUUGCAGAGAAGUUGAAACCAAGGCUGCAUAAUACAUCUACAAAACAAAUUCUUUACGAGUUCACACGUUACAAGACGUUAAUAAACAGAGCGAUGAUAAAAAACGCGUUAAACAAUGAGUUAGAGCUGUUUGUGGCUUCGCUCCUGGCAAUGUUGAACAGCAUCCGCGGUCAAUUGGACUCGGAUGACAUAGACGUGAAGAUGUACCAACCUCCCGAAAUGUCGCCUACUGUGCAACAAGUGCAGUGGGCCAAACAGAUGGAGGCAAAGGUAAAGGAGAUACAAGAAUGCGUGGACAACUCUCUCAUGGAGUUUGAGAAGAGUAAAGAGGUUUCGCAUUUGGCGUCGCAGAUGUUGACGGACCUGAAGACUCUGUAUACGCAGUUGCACGAGGACUGGUGUAGAGGUUUACAGGCUCAAGUAAAGAAUGGUUCCCUCCAGCUAUCAGUUGACAAACCGGUCGUGGAGUUCUCGAGCGCAACUCGGUUGAUGGAGGUCAACUUCAACCCUCGCUUGGUUAACAUCGAGCUGGAGGCGAGGUCUCUUUGCGCUCUAGGACUGCCUUCCCCACCAGCAGCUAAUGUUCUGGAUCAGCUGACGAUUGCUUUGCGAUAUGCGAGGGCUUUGCAACAGGUUGCAUCCUUCCACAAUACGUUGGGUGAGCGAAUGAUACCGUCCACUCGACCGAUGAUGCUCGAAGCUGCUCUCGACCUCUCCGCGUUGGUUCAGAACCAGAAACCCGUGUUUUGGAAUGAUGAAGAACAACUUGCUGCUUACACUGAAAACUUGAAGAAAAUGGUGCUUAAGCUAGAAUCGCAGAAUUCUUAUCUCACCAGUCAACACCUGGCAAUUCGUGGUGUUGUAGAAAAGCUGAUGGACACGGAACUUCUCGCCAAGCAAAGCGAAUGGAAGAAGAGUGUUCACGAUAUUCGAGAUAUCAUAGAGAAGGUGGAAAGCAACGGCUACAAGAACACGGAGAUGUGGCGCUCCCACUGGGAGGUCCAGGUGUACAAAGCGAUGGAGUGUCAGUACAUACGCGCCCUGCUGUCUCUGCACUCCAACUUCCCGCCCACGAGGGUCGACUUGGUGCUGCGCGGCCGAGCAGUGACAGUGCAGCCUCCCCUGGAACAAGUCCGGACCCAGCUCUACCAGCAACUGAGAAGACUCGUGUCUCUGCCUUCGCACUUGCCCUCGUUGCUCAACAAUCAGCUGGACAAGGCUGUCUUUUCGUCUAUAGUGGAGAAACACGGUUGGAUUGGCAACAAAGCGGUCCAUCAAAUAGAGUCAGCUCUGCUGCGCCUGAGCGAGGCCUGCGAGACGUGGAGCGUCCGCGCGUGCGUGGCCUGCGCCCCCGACUUGGACGCCUUGUGCGCCGACCUCACGGAGCCCGAGCAUUGGGAGAUGAACUUCAAAGCCUGCAAGGCCUACGGGCAGGCCGUCGCCAAGAUGAGCUUUGAUGACGAAAAAAUAGAGUGGAUUUCCGUUGGGACGAUCUCCCUACGUCGAGAAUUUGAAGCGCAAUCGCGUAACUUGUGGGCGUGUCUCAUGACGUCACUCCAAAAUAGUUGCCACAAUGAUGCCUCGUUAUUGGACACGUUCAUCGCGAAUGCAACGGUGUUAUUGGAGAAUAAAAGCCUGCCCAAGAAUGCAAAGGAAUUGGCCGAUAUCAGCGCGAAGCAGCAGGCCCUUCGUGAGAAAAUGCCAGAGAUGGAGAAAUUGGUGGAAGGGCUGAAGCGAAAGAGCCACAUGUUACGCACUUGGGGUGGAGACUCUUCAAUUGAGAGCGUGGUUAAAGAGUGGUUCAAGAUGCGGGAACAGAUGGACGCGCAUCUGCAAAUGUUUGAACGACAGGCCGAGGUGGUAAAAUCUAGUUUGACAGGCGAUUGGGACAAUAUUACGAGUGGUGUAGAGGCGUGGGUGUCUCGUUGGGGACAGGCCAAGGCCCGUCUGGAGGAGACGCGGCAAAUACGAUUUGAGGAUAUGCUCGAUAGAUGUCGCUCUGUUUUCGAAGCCAUAGACAACUUUGAUAGACUCGUAGGAGAGCGGGACGAGUUGUUAUGUGAAUGUAAGAAGUUCAAUAUGAAAUUUGAAGUAAACGACGUUUGGAAGGAGGCGGAAUCGCUUCGAAAUGACUUCGUCAAUACGUGGAAUAUUCUCAAAGAAUAUAAUGACGAAUAUGAAACGAUCGGCGGUCAAGAGUGGAUCGUGUUUCAAAAGAAGUUGCAUUUGCUGGAGGAAUUCGUUUGUCGAUGGAAAAGCCGCCUCGAGCCAUACACAGCUGUUACGCUGUACAUGCAACAGGAAAUAGACAAAUAUACUGACCUCACGGCAGUGUUGAAGUAUAUCCGUGGCAUGGAGUUCACGGAAAGGCAUUGGUGCGAAGUGUUCAACCUCUUGGAGAUGGAAUACAGGAAGCCGGAGACAUUGAAGCUGAAUGACUUUCUGAAGGUGGCCGUCAAUAUUAAGAGACAAAUGAGGGCUUUACAGAAAAUUAGUUCGAGCGCUUCAAGUGAAGCAGCCGUACGAACUGCGCUUAAUGAACUUGAACUAUGGUUUGCCGGUGCGAGGCUGACUCUCACUUACUACACGGAUAAGUCCAAGAAGCUCACCCCCAUUGUUAAGGACUUUAAGGAUAUUCUUACGAAGGUCGAAGAACAACAGUGGGUGGUGUGGUCCUUGGGCGGGGAAUUGGGCGGCAAUUGGGACAAUAUGUUGCGAGCUGCAACGACUUUGUUAAGGGCUAUGCAUCAUGUCCAACGCAGGUGGCUCUACCUAGAGCCAAUAUUACUGUACGACGAAGGCGAUUUGGGAGUUAAGUUUCGUAAAGUGGAUCAAGGUUUUAAACACGUUGCGCGGAUUGUUGAAACUGACCCCAGGCUUUCUGCGUUAAUUCAGUCUUCGAGACUUCAGCCCAUGUUAGACUCUAUAUCGGAACAACUCAAUGCUUGUCAGUCGGCCCUGAAUCAAUAUAUUGAUGAGAAACGUACAAUAUUCCCUCGCCUAUAUUUCCUAAGUGACGACGAUUUGCUAGAGUUACUCGGUCAGGCUCGAUCAGGCGCUGAAGGCAGGGAGGCCGUGCUCCAAACCCACUUGAAGAAGCUAUUCCCUGGGAUCACUGGGGUGGUAUUGGGUCCUGGUGGAGUAUCAAUAACAACUCUCUGCAGCCAUUACGACGAAACAUUUAAACUGGAUCGGCCAGUCGAUAUUGAUUGCGCUGUUGAGAUUUGGCUUAAAAACCUCGAGAAUGAAAUAAGAGCGUCGUUGAAAAGUCUAACGUUGAAUUGUAUAAGUGGGAACUCGAGCCUCGAUCUGUUUUCGCUACCAACGCAGAUUAUGUGCUUAGCGCAAAAUAUUAGAUUCACCGAACAAGCUGAAAAGGCGAUCACAAGUAGAGAACUACGAAUUCUUAAAGAAAAUAUUGAAAAGGAGAAUGAUAGUUAUACAAGUGAUUUCGAGGAUGAAGCCGAGAAAUUUAAGAAGCAAGCGCUGAUACUCCAAUGCGCGUACUAUAAGGAGGUUGUUGCUGCUCUAAUUGAAAAUAAUGUCGUGUCGACUAGUGAUUGGGUGUGGCAGAAACAGUUGCGAUUUUAUUUAAUAAAAGGUGAAGUUGUAGCGAGGAUGGGCUUAGCUGAAAUUCCCUAUUCGUAUGAGUAUUUGGGAAUUCAUACUGGCCAAUUCGUACGAACCGAGUUGGCUGAGGAAUGUUUUCUUAUAUUGACUCAGUCGUUACAUUUUGGCUUUAUCGGAAAUCCGUUUGGUCCAGCCGGAACGGGAAAAACGGAGUCUGUGAAAGCUUUGGGAGGACUAGUCGGGCGAUUGGUCUUGAUAUUUAACUGCGAUGAGGCAAUGGACGGCGAGUGUAUGGGACGGUUAUUAACAGGCUUGGCUUUGAGCGGGGCUUGGGGCUGCUUUGACGAAUUCAACAGGCUCUCGUCGCCAACAUUAGCCGCCGUCUCGCAUCAGUUCACUUCUAUACUCGCUGCGAUGUUAGAGAAGGGUAAAGAGGCCCUUUUGAAUGGAAAACAAGUCUGCGUGUCCCCAUGGUGCGGCAUAGCGGUCACCCUGAACCCAGCGGGUCGUGGGUACGGGGGUCGUCGCGAGUUGCCAUCCGCUCUUCAGCGCGUGCUUCGGCCCGUAGCGCUUACGACUCCCACUCCUGGUCCACUGGCCUCACACCUCUUAGCCGCGCAUGGGGCUUCGCACUCGACCAGACUGGCGGCUGAUUUGACGUCCGUUUUUACACUAUCCAGUAAUCUCCUGAGCAGCCAGCGUCACUACGACUGGGGCCUGCGGGCCUUGAAGGCGGCGGUGGGCAGCUGCGGGCAGGGCUUAAGGGCCCAAGGCGGACGGGAGGAACUUGCACAACGCGCCAUCUUGCGGAAAGUGCUCAAACUCAACAAUCUCUCCAAAUUGACGAAGCCGGAUGCCGAAAGAUUUGAAAAUAUUCUAUCGUUGGUGUUCGCUGAUGUGCCUGAAGAGAGACUGGACGAGAACUCUUUCUCUGUGUCUGUCCAGUCUGCGUUUGAACCGCUGCAUAUUGUGUAUAAUCAGUUGCAGGCUGAGAAAUGUAUGGAACUGUAUGAACAGCUGCAACAACGAAUGGGUGUGGUGAUAGUUGGUCCGCCUGGCUCUGGGAAGACUUCUAUUAGAAAAUUAUUGAAAAAUGCUCUAAUAUCAACCGGUCGGACGGUAAUGGAGCACGUGAUAUACCCAAAGGCGGUUCAUCGCGAGAGUCUGUUGGGGCACGUCGAUCACGACACUCGGCAGUGGACUGAUGGAGUCAUUUCCACUAUUGCCUUGCAAGUCUCGCAGCAGCCUCCAGAUGUUUAUUCCUGGGUGGUUUGCGAUGGCGAUAUUGAUCCAGAAUGGAUAGAGGCCUUAAACUCAGUACUGGAUGACAAUAGGUUGUUGACUCUGCCUUCCGGUUGGAGAGUUCAGUUUGGACAAAAUGUUAACUUUAUCUUUGAGACGCACAGCUUGGAACACGCUUCGCCGGCCACCAUUUCGCGGAUGGGGAUCAUUUUGUUGAGUGAGGAAGAAUGCUGUGUACAGGAAGUUCUUCAAAAUUGGAUAAGAAAAGCUGAGAAUGAUGAAAUUUUAAAAGGUGCCAUAGCAUUGAUACAGAGUGUCGUGCAAAGGUGUUUGAAGUGGUUUGACAGUCACAAGUCGAGAACGCUCAAAUUUUACAGUGUGUCAAUGGUACAACAAAUCUUAACUCAACUCGAAUACAUAGUUCAAGAAGCGGAGAAUAAACAUCUUUCAAUGGAAGAAAUGAUAUAUUUAUCUCUACAGCAAAGUGUCAUUGGUCUGCUAAAGGAGAACGCUAUUCAUGCGUUUCAUGAAGAGAUGUCGGACAUUUUGGGUCCGCCUCCACAAACCACUACACACCUGUGCGAGCGCGUGGCUGACGUUUUGAUAAUGUCGCCGCGUCUAGAUGCGCCUGCGCAGACAUUGCGCGCAGUUGUCAACGCACGAUCCCACGCCGUUAUAAUGGGAUAUGAGGCGUGCGCUAAGUACGCUUUAGCGGAAUUCGUCCUAAAAGAAACAAAUGCCACGAUUGUCCCAAUCGACUGUUCUCCGUUAUUGGAACCGGCCGAUAUCAUCGCUGAACUAAAACGAAAUAAUGUGGUUCGUUCUGCGGGCGGCUCUAACUCCCGCGUAGUGGUGCUGAUUCGAGCUCUCCACAGAGCUAGAGUUGAUGCUUGGGGUUCUUCUCCUGUCCACUCUUUCUUGUUGCAGCUUAUCCAAGGCCAUGGAUUCUGGAGCUCAGAUGAAAAUGGUUCCCAAUGGCAUAGCGUUACACGCGUGAGCGUCAUCGCGACGGCGGAACCUCGCGCUAAUAUUGCCUCGAGACUGGCGUCUGCGCUUGCGCAUAUUUAUAUACCAGAACCUACGGAAGAAGAGCAGUUAGAAUUGGUAACAAGUUCUUUGAAGGAAAAUGUGACCAAGAACUUUGGAGAGAAAGAUGUGCUGACAUUGGCAAAGAAAAUCCUGUUAAUGUUUAAAGAGAUAACAGAGAGCUUCGAUGCGAAGCCACAUUACAGCUGGAACUCCUCCCACUUGAAGGCUUUGUGUGAGAAUACAAAGUGCUACAGCCCUGCAAAUUCCACAGAAGUUGUAGCAGCCCUCAACGCACAAGCAAAAAUGUUAUUCCGUGAUCGUCUCCUAACAGACGAGGAAAAAGCAGAUUUUGAUGCUUUACUCCAUAAAUAUCUUGAUAUUGAGAAAGAUAUAAACUACAAAAUGCUUUUGCAAGGCGAUGGAGUUUACCUAGAAGGCAUAGACUACGCCGCUUGGUACCAGAACACUCUAAUGCUUAUCAACCAAUGCUUGACAGAAGAUGAAAAGGCGUUCGGUGACAGUGGUAUGGAGGUUUGUAAGGAGUUGUCUACGCUGUGUCCUUCACUCGCUCUGGCGCUUAAUGGGAACGUUGUAACGUGCGUGAGUGGGACGGGCUCCGGCGUAUGCGCAGCCGCUCGUAUUGUUUGCGCAGCCUUAUCUGCUAAUUGUGUGCUUGCUGAACUACCUUCACAGUUCGCUAACAACUUUAAAGCUUCUCUAACGUCUGCAAGUGAAGGAAACCAUACUCUAUUGAUGAUCACGGAAUGGUCAUCCGAUGAAAAUAACUUGGCCAUCGUAGAAGCCUACAUUCGCGCGGGUAGCGUGUACGCACUUCCGGCAAAUGUAAUGCCAUCUAUUGGACAGAAUGCGGAACAAACACUUAUUAAUAUAAAACAAAACCUAGGCAUUUUAAUAUGUUUGCACAAAGAUCAAGAGAAUCUAUCGGAACUUUUGGAAAAAUUCCCAUUUAUGUCUGAAACGGGCCAGUUAAUAUGGCUCGAGAGAUGGUCGGAGGCGACUUUGAGAGAGAUGCCGGCUUUGGUUGUUCAGAGGUUAAUUAAAGAAGACAGUGAUGAUAUAUGGAAAGACGAACAAAUCGACAUUCCAUUGGAGGGAAUGAUCAGCAUUUAUAAUAGCGUAGAAGAGCACUGGUUGAAGAGUCCAUAUCGAUACAUGCAUUUCAUCAAAGCAUUCUAUAAUAUUGUCACUAAAAAGAAGACGACACUUGUACAACGUCAAAGGAUGUUGUCGGCCGGAGUGGAAGCCCUCCGUCGAGCCCGCAGCGACGUCGGCGCACUCCAAUCGCAGGCGGCGGAACAAGAGCUGGAACUCAACGAUAAGAGGGAGAAAGCGAAUAAAGCGUUGGAGCAGAUCGGCGCUACUGUGCGAGCCAACACGGAUAAGCACGAGGAGAUGCAGAUAUUGAAGAAGAAUAUAGAGAUGGAGAAUGAGAAGCUGCAAAUACGUAAAAAAGAAAUAGAAGAAGAGUUAGCGGCAGUAGAACCUGUGAUCGCGGCCGCCCGAGCUGCCGUAGGCGAUAUCAAACCUGAAUCUCUUAGUGAAAUGCGAUCAUUGCGUGCGCCACCAGACGUGGUCCGAGACGUGCUGGAAGGGGUGUUGAGACUGAUGGGGAUCGCUGAUACGUCUUGGCAUUCUAUGAAGAGCUUCUUGUCGAAGCGAGGUGUCAAAGAGGAUAUACGAUGCCUAGACGCGAGUCACAUAAGCCCCGAGGCGAUAGAGUCGGUGCAGCGCUUGUUGGAGAAACGCGGAGCAUCUUUCGACCAGGCCACUGCGCGUCGGGCCAGCGCCGCGUGCGCCCCUCUGGCCGCCUGGGUGCACGCCAACCUUGCGCACGCGCAGGCGCUUCUCAGAGUUAAACCACUGCAGGCGCAGCAGAGGCAAUUGCACAAAAACCUGCAACAAGCGGAAAACGAACUGGAAGCCCUAUCGAGCGGAAUGACGUCGGUGGAGGAACGUGUGACGUCACUGAAGGAGCAACUCGGCCAGCACACGCGGGACGCUGCAGCUCUGGAGAUGCGACUGACAGCCGUGACUGACACCAUCCAACACGCUAAUGGCUUAUUGGAACAUUUGGCGAACGAGUAUCGGACGUGGGAGACUGAUUUACAAAAUAUAUCUCGGGAGAUAUCGGAACUGAAUCAGAGAUCGCUGUUGGCGGCCGCAUACGUGGUAUUUUUACCUGACCUCACGGAGACACAAGCAGAAGUUCAAAUACAAAAAUGGUGCCAAUUACUGGGAUACGAAAGCAAAAGCUUCUCCGUGGUCAGUUUCCUGUCGAGUCCUGAGAAGCAGGUGAAAUGGGAAGCUGACGGAUUGCCUUUGGACCAGUCUGCGCUGAAGAAUGCCGUACUCGUUGAUCAGAUAUUGGAUUCACGUAAAUGUGGGCUAACUCCACUAAUAAUAGACCCUGACGGAGAAGCCAUGAACUGGCUCAAAAAGACCCUCAACGGAGCAUCCUUUGAGUUCGUCUCGCAGAAUAGUGAUAAGCUGCAGACUGCUGUGCAAUAUGCUAUAAGACUUAAUCGUACCCUGGUGAUACACGACGUGGAGUGCGUACACGCCUCGUGGUGGGGCGCGAAAGGAAACGUGCUGCUCGUGACGCGCGAUCCGUCGCUCGUACGCUCUCUGCCCGCGUACGUGCUCGCCGUUCUUAGCCCUUUGUAUUUCACUGCGAGGCUGCAUGCGUUGUUCGAUCAAUUAAUACAUUACACGAUGCAAAAGCAAAAUCCCGAAAUGAACGAGAAGAUCAAGGAAAUUAAGUUAAAGAAGGCUUUGCUGCAAAACCAACUUCAUGAGUUGCAGGAAAACCUUCUCAAAGACCUCUCGAGCAACAGCGACAUAUUACACGACGCAAACUUGAAAGCCUCAUUAAGCAAGACCCGAGACACGAGUAUAACUAUAUCGGAAUCCCUAAGCUCAGCUCAAAGUAUUGAAGAAGAGUUCAAAGCUUCGUGCAAAGUGUUCGAAGAAAGUGCACUGAAAGCGGCGCAUUUGGUUCUCGCUGUCAAGGAGUUGGCGGCGAAAAAGCCUUUGGUGUCAGUGCCCAUUGACACGAUGUUGGAGGCUUACGUUGACGCUAUUCGAAGAUGCCCGGAUGGAAAGAACAUCAGCUCCAACGAGGUCGUAAAAUACCUAAUGAGAAGAACAGUAGAGCGCGUGCUUCUCAGUUUGCACAAAAAGGACAAAUAUAGUGUGGUAUUGCAUUUGCUGAAGCAAGUGUUCGAAGAAGUAAUACCAGAAAAGCUCUGGCAUUUGUUUAUCGGAAGCUUUGAACUGAUUGACGAUCGAGAAAUUGCUGCAAUUAAGAAUGUUUACAACUGGAUUCCCGAUGAUUGUCUUAAAAGAGUUGCAAGCAUAAAGUUGGAAGACGAAGAGCUUUUUAACAAGCUAUCGUUAAAUAACACGUUAUGGUUGGAUUUUAUGAAGUCCGGAGACUUUAGACUGAUGAACAAAUUGGGGUUGACAAUAUUUGAGACGGUUGUGGCUGUGUCCGCUCUGAGGCCCAAUAGCUUGUACCGGGCUGUGAUCCUGUUAGUGGAUCAAAUGUUAGGAGCUGGAGUGAUGAGCGGUGGUGAUGAGAUCCGCAAAGCCCACCGUUGGUCAUCACCGCAGCGCUGUGUCUUGCUUCUGGGGACUCACGCGGCUGAUCAGUUGCAGGCACACGCUUAUCCACGCCGCUUUAUACAGAUGGGAAUAGACGAGGGGCGUCAAGCGUGGGAAGGAGCUUUCGAAAGCAUUCGCGAAGGAGGCUGGCUCGCCAUCAACGUGGGAGCUUCGCCCUUCUCCAAGGCUCUUAGGGAAUUCCUAGAUGACCUGAAAAAUCGACCGGUCGAAGACUUCAAUAGUGACGUCCGCGUGUGGAUUGUCGCUGAAGAUCGCGAAGUUCCGGCUGCGAUAUCCGGUUCCUGUGUCAAUGUAUUACUUGAGACAGCAGAGGGCGUGAAACACAAUGUAUGCAGCGUGUUGAGUACUUGGAGUAGUUCUCAAAACGCGACAAUUACAAGACGUUUGGUCAACCUUUCGAUAUUGCAUGCUUUGGUAUUGGAACGGAGGGCGUACGUGCCGUUAGGUUGGAGCCAAUACUACGAGUGGGGUUGGGGCGAAGUGUCCCUUGUGCGUGCGUGCGUAUCCCAAAGUACGAACACGUCUCGCUCGCUGUGCGAGGCCGUGUACGCAGCUCGCGUCCCGACGGCACCCGACCGACGUGUGCUUCGAGCUCUGGUGGCUUCGAGUUUGGGAGACUCUUCUCAAGCCAAUACGUAUACGUUGCCCGGGCUGAAUGCGCCUUUGCCCUACGCAGACAGUUUGCAGGAUUACAUAUCGGCGCUUGAGAACUUGCCGGAACUGGAUUCUCCUGAACUUCUGGGUUUGGCUAAGAACUGUCGUCUUGCGUGGGAGAGGAAGGCUGCGGAGAAUAUUGUCUCAGGUCUCCGAGAAAUGAAUUCCACUGUUUCAAAGAAAAACACAAGCACAGCACCAAUAAAAUCACUUCUGGCGUUGUGGAAGAAACUUAUGGCCGGGAAUCCUCUUCUUAAACCGGACUUCUCUGUUGAAAUGCGCGGCAGUGACUGGUGGACGUGCGUGUGCGCAGGUGAAUCGAGUGACGCGAAGCGAAGUGCGAGAGCCAUCCAUCAUACGCUGGCUGCGUAUGCGCAUCGACUGCAUACCGACGCGCACUUGCAUAUCGUACCAGAAGAAUGGCAAAUGUUAUGGUCCGGGCCGGAUAAGCCGGACGAGUACAUCCGGGAGUUCUGUUUCCGAGCACGAGCUUCCGCCAAUCGGCUCAUUGAGAAAAUCGCAGACAACUUUAUGCCUAAACAUUUAGACCUCCGUUCCCUCCUAUUCCCGGCCCGUGCCUUGCGAGCGAUACAAGCGAAUGCCGCGGCGAAGCUCGGAUGCGCACCGCACUCUUUAAGGUUGGAUGUGCAGUGGGACCAAAAAGAAUAUGAAGAGCGCUCAAACAGCGUGAAAGUGACCGGCCUGUCCUUAAGCGGGUGUCGUUGGGACGUGUCUGGCUUGUGUCCGGUUGAUGCGCACGCGCCGCCUUGCUUACCUGCUCCACCUCUGUCACUUACAUAUGUACCAGGAGAUAAUGAAUUACAGAGUCGCGCGUCCCGCACCAGUCGCGUGACCCUAGCAAUGUACGCAAGUGCGACGAGGGACGCGCUUGUGUGCGAAGUGAGCGCACCACUCGCGCCUAACUUCACGCCGCAGAACGCCAUUUUGCACGCAGCCGCUCUUUUCAUUACACCUGUCGAUUAAUAUAAUUAUUGUGUGAAAAUGUUUAUU